AGUACCAUGGAUUACAUCAACCACAUGUUUCCUACAGAAGCAUCUUUAUCAGGUGUAGAGCCACUGAUGCAGAAAAUACAUAGUGAGAUACGUGUGGUGGAUGCUGAAAUUCUUGCGGCUGUCCGUCAACAGAGUACUUCAGGAACCAAAGCAAAACAGGAUCUAGCUGCAGCUACGCAUGCUGUGGAGGAACUAAUGUAUAAGGUCAGAGAAAUUAAAACGAAAGCCGAGCAAAGUGAAACAAUGGUCCAAGAAAUAUGUCGGGACAUUAAAAAGCUAGAUUGUGCAAAGAAGCACAUAACGACCACCAUCACUGCCCUCCAUCGCCUUACUAUGCUAGUCUCUGCGAUCGAGCAACUCCAAGUAAUGGCUUCAAAAAGAAGAUAUAAAGAGGCUGCUGCACAAGUAGAGGCUGUCAACCAGUUAUGUAGUCAUUUUGAUGCAUACAGAGAUAUUCCAAAGAUCAUCGAGCUAAGAGACAAGUUCAAGAAUAUUAAACAAAUACUAAAGUCUCAUGUCUUCUCUGAUUUCUCAAGCUUAGGUACAGGAAAAGAGACAGAGGAGAGUAAUUUGUUGCAACAAUUAUCAGAUGCUUGUUUGGUUGUAGAUGCACUAGAGCCAUCUGUGAGAGAAGAAUUGGUGAAGAACUUCUGCAAUAGAGAGCUUCUUUCUUAUCAACAGAUAUUUGAAGGAGCGGAGUUAGCUAAGUUAGAUAAAACAGAGAGGAGAUAUGCUUGGGUCAAACGACGAUUACGGACAAAUGAGGAGAUAUGGAAAACCUUUCCUGCUUCAUGGCAUGUUGAUUACCUGUUGUGUAUCCAGUUCAGCAAAUUGACCAGGACACAACUUAUGGAGGUCUUUCAAAACUUAAAAGAGAAGCCAGAUGUUGGAACAUUACUGUUGGCAUUGCAGCGGACAAUAGAAUUCGAGGAAGAACUAGCAGAGAAGUUUGGUGGUAGUGGUGAUACCAAAAAGGUUACAAGCAGCGUUGAGGAAUCAGAUAUAGGGGAAAAAAGUAAUCAAAUUGUGAUGGAUAUUCGAAGAAAAUAUGAGAAAAAACUUGUUGCACAUCAAGGAAACCAGGAUGAUGAUAAAGAUGCAUAUAAAGAUUUGGCUGUACCUGGAGCUGGGUUCAAUUUCCGUGGCAUUAUAUCAUCUUGCUUUGAACCACACUUGAUGGUAUAUGUGGAUUUAGAAGAAAGAACACUUAUGGAGCAUCUGGAGAAGCUUCUUCAGGAUGAAGCAUGGGGUAUGGAUGAUGGAAGCCAAACUAACAUUUUAUCCAGUAGCAUGCAGGUUUUUCUGAUCAUCAGAAGGAGCUUGAAAAGGUGUUGCGCCUUGACAAGGAACCAAACGCUCCUUAACUUAUUCAAGGUUUUCCAAAGAGUUCUUAGAGCUUAUGCUGCAAAGCUUCUAAUGAAGUUGCCCAAAGGCGGCAUGGGGAUUGUUGCAGCUGCAACACUGUUAAGUCUCUAUGUGCAGACAUCUGACAAAGACGAAAGGCUAAUAUGCUAUAUUGUGAAUACUGCCGAAUAUUGUCAUAAAACGGCUGGCGAGUUGGCCGAAAAUGUCUCGAAGAUAAUAGAUUCUGAGUUGAGUGAUGCAGUGGAUAUGUCAGAAGUGCAGGAUGAAUUUACAGCAGUUAUAACAAAAGCAUUAGUAACAUUAGUCCAUGGUGUGGAAACCAAAGCAGAUAUUGAAAUGGCUGCAAUGACACGUGUUCCUUGGGGUACGCUUGAAAGCGUGGGUGAUCAAUCCGAGUAUGUCAAUAACAUAAAUAUAAUCCUCACUGGUAGUGUCCCCACACUUGGAAGCCUUCUGUCUCCGGUUUACUUUCAAUUCUUCUUAGACAAGCUUGCAUCAUCUCUAGGUCCGCGUUUCUACCUCAAUAUCUUUAAAUGCAAGCAGAUAUCAGAAACUGGAGCUCAACAAAUGUUGUUAGAUACUCAGGCUGUAAAGACAAUACUUUUAGAUAUUCCAUCCCUUGGGAGACAGACAUCAGGAGCUGCUGGCUAUGCUAAAUUUGUAAGUCGUGAGAUGAGCAAAGCCGAAGCACUCUUGAAGGUUAUAUUGUCCCCUAUUGAUUCUGUGGCAGAUACGUAUGGAGCACUUCUACCCGAGGGAACACCUUCAGAGUUUCAACGAAUUCUAGAGCUCAAGGGGCUGAAAAAAGCAGACCAACAAACCAUAUUGGAUGAUUUCAACAAACGUGGGUCCGGGAUUCCUGAAUCACCAGUCGCUACCCAAGCAGUCCAGGUGGCGGUGACUCCAGUGCCACCUCCCAUAGCCAGAACAUCAUCAGCUGCAGUUAUAGCCUCCAGAGAAGAUGUGCUUACCAGAGCAGCAGCACUUGGUAGAGGUGCAGCCACAACUGGAUUCAAAAGGUUUCUGGCUUUGACAGAAGCAGCAAAAGACAGAAAGGAUGGACCUUUCCGAAAACUUUUCAAUGCAUGAUAUCUAUAAACUCCGAAACUAUACGCUUUCAGGUUCUGUUAA